CCAACCCCCCCCCCCCAAAAAAAAAAAAAAAAAACUUCAUAAAAACACUUGAACAAGCAAAAAGAUUGAAACUUUAUGCAAAAUGGACCAAGAAUUGCAAAGAAAUUUAAUUGAACCAAGAUACUUUAGAGGUUUAAGUACCCCUUUUUCUUUUUCUUUAACAAGAUUAGCCUCUUCUUUUAAUCUUCAACAAAAUCAAAGUUUUGAUGAUGAUGAUUAUGGUGAUUAUGGUUAUUCAAGACCCAUUGUGGUUCUUGAUGUGAUAUGGAAUUUAGCAUUUGUUUUGGUUUCUUGUUUUGUGUUAUUGACAACUAUUGGAGAAAAACCUUCAACUCCAUUAAGGCUUUGGAUUGGUGGCUAUGCACUUCAGUGUCUAUUGCAUGUUGGUUUUAUUUGGAUUGAGUUUCAAAGAAGGAGUAAUUUUGAUGAUUUUGAUGCUGUUAAUUUUGAUGGGGUUUCUCCUUUUUCACUGUUUCACAGCAGCAGCAUCAUGAAGAGGCUGGAAUCAAUCAAUACUGUGAUUUCAUCAAUCUGGUGGGUGUUUGGCUUUUACUGGAUUGUUAUGGGUGGCCAGGCACUGCUGCAAGAUUCACCUCGUCUUUACUGGUUAUCAGUUGUUUUCUUAGCAUUUGAUGUGUUCUUUAUGAUCUUUUGCAUUGCGAUGGCAUGUGUAGUCUUCUUCGCGCUCUUUUGUUUCUUUCCGUUUAUCGCAACAGUUGCAUAUGCCAUGAGACUUGGAGAUGGAGCAUCUGAAAAUGAUAUCAAGACUCUUCCCAAGUAUAGAUAUGGUCAAACAAAUACUUCAGGGAGCCUCGUAAAUGUGAAGACGGGAGAUGAUCACUUGUUAUCACAGUUCAACAGUAGUAGUGACUCUGUACCUGAGCUUGCUCUUCAACCAGAUGAUUCCGAGUGCUGCAUUUGCCUCUACAAAUAUGUGGAUGGGGUAGAGCUGUGUGUUCUUCCGUGUAAUCACCAUUUCCACCAUGGAUGCAUUAGCAAAUGGCUGAGGAUAAAUGCAACCUGCCCACUCUGCAAAUUUAAUAUUCUUAGGGGUGACACUCUAGUCUGAGUAAUUGUCUGUCAGAGAGUUGAGACUACUGAGAAAUGUAAUUUUUCCAUGGCCUACGAUCUUCUGUCAAAAUGUAUGUAAAAUUAGCCAUAUUUAAUGAUUGUCUCACUGUCA